AUGAAAGAUUUAUUGGUUAUACAUAUAGGGGCCGGGAAUCAUGCAGUGACCUCCAACAAAAAAUAUUCCAAUUUGCUUCGGAAAGCACUUUCACAUAACAACAUUCUUGAUGCCGCCAGUGAGGUAGAGGUAUCCAAUCUUACAAACACAGGGUAUGGUUCAAGUCUCAACAAAGUAGGAAAAGUCGAGAUUGAUGCAAGUUUCAUUGAUUCUGCAUCAUCAUUUCAUGCUUCUUGGGCUAACAAUUGUAGGCUUCCACAGAAUGGUACUAAACCUACUCAACCCGAAACCAAGGCAGUUCGAAUAGGAUCCAUUACAGGUUUGAAAUGCCGUGAGCCGACAAGAGAAAUGGUACGCAUAUUUGGCGAGCUUGAACAACAAUAUGCGGAAACUCCAUACUUGACAAUGCCUAUAUCUUUGAACUGUACAAGUUUGAAGAGCUAUAUGAAAAUCAACGAAGAUAAGGACGAGGAUCUCAUAAGUGCAAAGGCACAAAGGAUAUAUGAAAUAUACAAUACUGAUGGCAUUUCUACAACAGCAAAAGAGGAAAUUUCUGAUACAGUAGGGUUGACUCAAAUCAAAGAGCAUGGUUUUGUAAUGGUGACUUCUUCGGGAGGUAAUUUUUUCAAAUUACCAGGGCGUAUCGGAUGUGCUGGAGUUAUCAAUGCAGCAAUAAGUCAUAAAGAGACCAAUGGGUUAAAAAUUAGUUGCAUGUGUUCAGGAAACGGAGAACAAAUAAUACGAUAUAAUUUAGCCUCGUUUCUAGUCGAAAAAUUUAGUACACGAUUUGGAGAAUUAGAGUGGGGGCCAAAUUUGUCAAAAGAAUUAUUCGCUUUGGAUUCAGAGCUCUAUAUUGGCUUUAUUGUAAUUAUUGAGCCAAUAGUCAAUAUUGUCAAUAACAAUGGUGGCUGUGAACAUGUAAAGAAAAUUUCAUUGAUAUACGGACACUCGACAGAGUCCUUCCAUUUUGGCUAUAGAGCAGGGGACAAUGAAACCAAAACAAUUUUGAGCUUUGCCGAAAAGAAAGAAUCAUUCACUUUUGGCGAGUACUGUAUUCUGUGCUAA